AUGGGCUCGGCCCCGAGCGCGCCGAAGCGGAAGGCCAGGGCACCCAACGCCCACGCCUGGCUCCGCAGGAACCAAGGAGGCGGUGUCGAGGAGUUUGCGGCCAAGCCGGAGGGCCCGCCGUCGAAGAAGCCCAAGGUUGAGGUCAACAGAGGCUUCGUCAAGGAACUCCUCGACAAGGCUCCUUCUUCGCUUCAGACGUGCCGGAGCCUGCUGGUCUUCCUGGACAAGAAGGCGGAGGCCGUGCCUGAAAAGCCGGCCAUGGGUGGCCCUGAGGACCUCCGAGCUCGCUUGGAGGCCCAUGCGGAGAGUCUGGGGCGCCCGGGCUCCCAGCAAUGGUGA